GUUCCAUGAUGGCUGAAGAUCCUGGAGGAGCUCAUUUCAAUUUCUCCUUUAUUUUUCUCUGUUUCUCGUCAUCUCUGCUUGUCGUAGAGACAUGGCAGGAUACACAGCAUCGUUAAGCGGCUCCAGACCCGUGUUGUCGUCAUGCCCAAGAAAGGGAACCGAAAACGGCUGAAAUUUAGGGCCGAGGAUGUUUGCUCGGAGUCAGUGACUGUGGCAGACUUUGCCAACGCUGACCCAGCCGUCGUAAAGUCCGGAAGGCUGAAAAAGGCUGUCGCAAAUGCUAUUGAAAAAGAAGUGAAGUUACUCUGUGGACUAGAGGCCUCCCAGGGUCCGGUGCAGGAGGUGUUGUCCUCUGUGGAAGGUGUGAGCCAAGCCGACCGGGACAGCAACGAUGAGCUGGAGACCGAGGAGGUGGACGAAGACCCCAAGGGGACCCGCAAGAAAAAAAACAAGAGACGCAAAGAGAACAGUGAGUGUCAAGACGGAGAGGAGUACCCCAUAGAUAUAUGGCUGGUCCUCUCAGCAUAUAUCCGCCCUGAAGACGUCUGCAAGUUUUCCCUCAUAUGCAAGAACGCCUGGACUGUCACCUGCACCGCUGCGUUCUGGACCAGAUUGUACCGAAGGCACUACAGCUUGGACGCUGACCUGCCCGUGCGUCUGCAGCCGGACUCGCUGGCGAGCAUGCGGUGCCUGCGGGCGUGUGUGAUCCGCUCACUCUUUCACCUGUACGAGCCGUUCAGCUCCCGCAUCUCCGCCAGCCUGCCACUACCGGAGUCCACGCCAGACACACUCGUGAACUCAAAGUGUCUGAUGUUCUGGGUGAAUGAGCAGACAGGAUCCCGGCCAGAGAAACUAUGGCAGUUCAACUUCAAAUUUGAGAAGCAUGCCCCAAAGAAUAAGAAUGGUCCUGACCGAUCUCUGCAGCUUCCAAAGCGCUAUAAGGAAGUGCACACGAACCCCGACUCGGACUGCUUGUUACUCCAAGUCAACACUCUCAACUUCAUCUAUAUCCCCCACCUGGUCAUGGGCAUGAGUCUCUCUCUGAUGGCCAUCAACGUGAGUACGGACAUGCGUCACCACCGCGUUCGCCUGAUGUUCCAGGACUCUCCGCUGGUGCGUGGUCAGAAGAGGAGGGCAGAGCAGGGCCUGCAGGUGGCACUGGACCCUGUGCACAGUGUGCGUCUCAUGGACUGGUGGCAUCCUCAGUACCCCACCUCAGCAUAGCACUAACAUCUCAGUCCUGCCCCUGAUACUCCAGUUUUACCACAGACUUGACCCUGAUUACUCCUCUUCUACCACAGACUUGACCUUGGCACCCCAGUUUCACCUGAAGUCCUUCCCCUGGUUCUGCAGUUUUAGUUUUACCCCAGCACCACCACUGUCUAGCCCUCUUUAUUCUAAUUUUCCAACAACAUGCACUUGGACUAGCGCUGAUAUCCUAUUUUACGACAGCCUAGCUGCAGUCUAGCAGCCCUCUUUACUCCAACCUAACCACAGUUUUAGUUCCUUAGACCUCAGUUGUUCCCCAAUAUGACCAGUAUCACAUCUAAAACGCUCGUUUUGGCACAACUUGACUGAAAUCAAGUAGACUUCUACCCAGCAUAGUCAGCGCUAGUCUGCUGACUUGUCCCUCCUAUUUGCACUGCUACCAAACCCGACGGUAGCAGCACUCUAGCUAUUUGACCGAGUGUCGGUCCAGUGAAACCCUUUGUUCAGUGACUGUUUUCUUGCAUGGCGAGUAGCUAAGCUAGCUGUAAGGUGGUGUAAGUGAGCAGUAGUGGGGCUCGUGUUGGUAGCAGCUACCAUGCGCCAGUAGGCCACUGGUCCUCAGCUAGCCGGCCUCCUCUCUGUCCUGCCCUGACUGAGGCCCUGGGUUGGUGUUGGCAGUGCCAGGGUAGUGCCUCCUCUCUGUCCUGCCCUGACUGAGGCCCUGGGUUGGUGUUGGCAGUGCCAGGGUAGUGCCUCAGUGGCCUACUGGCGCAUGGUAGCUGCAGUAUGUCUUUGCAUGAGUGUUUCUCUGUCGCUAAUGCUAGUAGAAGAAGUUUGCCGCUAGACGUGUGUCUCAUUCACUAAAGAUCACCCUCUUGUAGUCUCUGUUAAGAGGCUGUAGACCAGUGGUCCUGGACCAACCCUCCAGGACCGUGUGUCCCAGACCAGCUCUCACAUGUGUAAAGGUCGACUAAGUCAAACUUACUGACAUCUGUAGAAGCUUCAUCUAGACACUAGACAUGUUAGGUCUUCUGAAUGUCACGUGAAUCUCUAAGAUGGUGCAUUUCUUUGAACGCACUUUUAGCACAGGACUAUCAGUGUUUUUCGUUCAGAAGCUUCAAGAGGCUUCUAAGUUCUCCCUUAGAUCUUUACUUGCUUCUGAAUUGGAGCUCAACAGCUUCUAAGUUCUCCCUUAGAUCUUUACUUGCUUCUGAAUUGGAGCUCAACAGCUUAUAUAGAUACAGGUGUUGUCAUUAGUUCUAGGUGUCACUUGUUUAGCGAGUAGGACAGGGCUCUGGUUCCAAACAUCAGCUGGUCCUGAGAUCUGUCUGUGGUGAGAGUCCUGCUCUAAGCCUCUAGGGGCCUGUGAGCGUUUUCCAAGCACAUGGUUUAGUAGUGAACGUCCCAACAGGAGAGCCUUAUGGCUUUAAGCCUUUAUGGCUUCAUUGUAACAAAUCAAAGGAGGUUUGCUACUUACUCUGAGCUAACUUUUCCAGGUUUGAUACCAAACCACAUACUUGGGAAAACUCCUGUGCAUGCCCCUCCGUGUUGGCACUAAAACUUAAACAAUUAUGAGUUCACGCUGACAUGUUUUUUCCCCUACAAAACGUGAGUAUUCAAAAGUAGUCGGUGUUAAAAAUAUGCAAGGUAGAUUGUGUACAUGCUAUGAUGUGGUAUAUUUAGCUAAAUAGCUAGCUCGCUGACUUCGCUGAGACAGGCAGAUAAGCAACAACCCAUUGUUGGGAGGUGAGCAGCUACUCUACAGUGCUACACUCACGUCUUUGCCCAAAAGUUCAAUUUUAACUUUAAGCUCCACAUGUUUUUAGGAGCUUCACUUUCAUUGCACUGCCGUCUCACUGAUGUAAACACGAGGCCUGUUGUCCAUCACAUCCUUCCGUAGGAGAACAAUUGAAUUUGAGCGUCUGGAGGUGAAACAUGCGUGUCCAAAUUAUCACCCUCGCAGUCCAUCCUAGAUUUGCGGGCCAGUGGACAGCUCAUGUUUGUGGAUGUGUGUGGACUUGGUCUCUCUCAGGUGGAAACUUCUCCCUGAUCCUCUUGAAUGUGUUUUGGAAAGGAUGUUGACCACUGUUUUUUGAUUUGAUGACUAAAAAAAAAAUCACAAGUAUUUUUAUGCUGGCAAAAUUCAGAUUUUUAGUUACUGAUUUCUUGUUAUUUAAUCAAUGCUUUGCCAGGCUACUCUGGAGAUGCAUGACGGGGGGUUAUAAACACAAACAUGAUUGUGUUUGUUUGUUUUUUUGUUCGUUUGUUUUCUGUACAAGCCGUACAGCCGUUUGUUUGGCUGUAGCCUGCCCAAACUGUGUUUCUGUGUAAUAUGACUUGAAUGCUGGUCCAUACUGAUGAUUGUUCAGCAGCCGUGCUGAUGCAUUCACAGAAGACUGAAGAAGAAGCAUGAGAAAGCAAACAGCAGCUUUGCUUGUGUUGAUUAUGCCCUGUAGUUUCUACUAAUUAUAUUAUGAAGGACGCCAAUGAGCAUCAUUUCCUAUCAUUCUCUUUGCAUAAGUAGAUUCAGCCUUAUCCCAGGUAGUUCAUUCCAUUUCCAGAAUGUAUGGCAAUGCAGAGUUCUGUUUGUUUUGUCAAUGGGCAUUACACAUUUGAAAUAAAGUCAGAAUGAAACUAA